CAUGACCUUCAACCCACAAACACUUUUGGGACUCCAUCUAAUCUUAUUUGGUUUCAUGCCACUGGCUUUUCCUGGCGUAUUUACGAGCGGCUCCUCCGCUACGGCUCUGACGUGGACAUUUUGCAUCUCGGCCGUCUGUCCAAACAUUCCAAGGUUGCACAAUAGAACCUCUGAACCCUCGGACGGUCCUUUACUGCCUUUCUCAGGCCGGACCUCUCCGGCGUGCUUCUCCCUUGGGAAUUUGGAUUCCCGCUCCGAUCUGAGAGGUGAAUAAAUCCCACGGGCCUUCGCUCAGUCACAAGGACAAGUCGGAGCUUUUCCCAAGGAGGGGGCCGGGCGGGGCCGGGGAGGUCACACUUGAUCAACAUGAAGACAAGGAUGACUCUUGCUUCUCCUCCACCACGCGACACUGGACCACAUUGGCAGAUAGACAACGGGAUGUCCAUCCAUCAUUUGCUCUCCUGCAGACGUUCCAGCGUAAGCCACUUUGAAGCCAUUGCGGUGGAUUUGACAAAAACAAACAGGACGGACCUUUGUCAUCAGCAGAGACCCUCGCUCGGUGUUGUGAAGGACAAAGACGUGGAAGGAGAGGAAGAGGAGGAAGCCAUCACGCACGUAUCCAAGGAGGCCAAGGUGAAGACGAUGUCCAAAAAAGACAGGAAGGAGAAGAAGAUGUUGUCCUCCAAAGACGACGAACACUUUUUGCUGACCGGAGAGAAGCUGGCGGAGCGCCCGGGGUGUCCGAAGAAAGAGAAAUGCGAGAAGCCCGACAAAGCGCUUUGCUUCUGGGAAAGCGUCACCAUGACCAUGAGACACAUUUCCCCCGCCAAAAAGACGGACGGGCGGGAGACAUCCCAAGCGCGGGACCACGGCGCCGGCCCAAACGGACGCUCGCCCUCUCGGAGCCCCCCCUGCGCCGUCAAGUGGACGUCGCGCGCCAAAGUCAGGCUGGCCGGAAUGGGCAGGAUGCCCAGGAAGAGUCUGUCGGACGCCGCCUGGCAAGGCCUGGACUAGACUAGACCUUCUCUCAGUCACAGACGCCAACAAGGAAUAGUUUGAGCGCCAAAGGCGGCGGAGUGGUGAUUUGCGGCCCCUUUAGAGUGCCUCGUCGUUGGUUGCAUAUUUGGCUUUGGACGUGGAGGCAUCCGUUUUUUUCCUUUCGUUUGUGACGCCAGGUUUGUCGUAGAACAGUCAGCCCGUUGAAAACGGAAGCCGACGUACCGUACGCGCUGCGCUGGCUCUCGUGUCAUGCAUGUCGAGUGCCGUGAAGCAAUCGAGCAAAUGAUUUCCUCAUUCAUUUUGUUUGUUCCCACAAGGAUUUCCAGGGCUUUCAUAAUCAAAAGGAAUGCCACGCUUAUAGAACUCAGGCAUCACACUUGUUUUUUUGAAGAAAAAGACAAAGAGAAAAUAGAGAGCAGAUUUUUGCAAGGGUAUCUGACACUGACUUUUCUUUUUUUUCCUUUGGUUUCAUUUGAUCAAAGGAAAAGUGAAGUGGAAGAGGCCAUUUUGGUCAUCUUGCAGCAGCAGCAGCAGCAGCAGAUUGAAGCGCUUCUUCACUUUCCAACGCCAGAGUUAAUAAAGAAAGAAGAUGGGC